AGGCGUAGCGAGGGGGUGAGGGGCAGAGAGGGGCAUUUGCCCCCCGGCGCAAGUCCAAGGGGGCGCCAGAUGAGACCAGCCGGCCGGCAAAUCACCCCUCCCCGCCACCAGCCGAAGAGGCCGGCGGAGGGAGGGGGCGCAAAGUUAAGAGAUUGCCCCUGGGCGCUAGUGACCCUCCCUACGCCUCUCACUAGGCAGCGGUCGUACAACACCGAUUUGGGGAAGGCCCGGGAGGGAGAGGGUAACAGUCCUGACGCGGUUGGGAGUCCAGGGUUAGCCCUGAGCUUCGCGGGACAGAGUGGAGACUGCUCAUCCUCCGCCUUUACUCUCCGGGUAAAUGUGGGGCUGCGAGCACAGCCGCGCGGGUGUCUACAGUUCUUGAAAGGGCGCCCAGCCGGCCGGCGACCACCCAGCAAGUAGGCGGCCGGCUGUCUGGAGGGCGGCCGGAGAUACUAGCCGGCGCCUGUGUUUGUGGAUACUGUGUUGAAUAUUCAUGAUCUGUGAGCCAACCAACGCAUGAUCAUCUCAGAGCAAACCAAUCGGUUCACCACAUGCAGAUAAGCAUCGUAGAUGGGCGGCUUUUCCUUAAGUCGGUGGGGGCUGAACACAGGCGAGAAACGGAACCCUGAGUGGAAAGCCAUGGGUUUCCGGAGGAGUGUGUCUGCGGGAGUGCCGUGCUACGUCACUUCCCAUCCGAUUGGCGGAAAUUACUACAGAGCGCGUUGCUGUUUGGAAAAGCGAGUUCUGGUGGAGGCAGAAGUGCUUGUUUUUUGUCGGUAUUUGAAAGUGGCGAUGGCGGCGGUGGAUUCGGAUGUCGAAUCGCUGCCGCGUGGGGCUUUUCGCUGCUGCCUCUGCCGCAUUACUACAGCGAACCGACCCAGCCUAGAUGCCCACUUGGGAGGCCGGAAGCACCGGCACCUGGUAGAACUACGAGCUGCCCGAAAGGCCCAGGGACUUCGAAGUGUGUUUGUCAGUGGCUUUCCCCGGGAUGUGGAUUCUACUCAGCUCUCUGAGUACUUUCAGGCAUUUGGACCUGUUGCCAGUGUUGUCAUGGAUAAGGACAAGGGAGUGUUUGCCAUCGUGGAGAUGGGGGACGUGGGUGCCAGGGAGGCCAUCUUGUCCCAGCCCCAGCACGGCCUGGGAGGACGUCGCCUGCGAGUCCGGCCACGGGAGCAGAAGGAGUUCCAGAGUCCAGCGUUCAGGUCCCCCAGAGGAGCAGCCCCUGACAGUCACCAGCUGGCCAGAGCACUAGCCGAGGUGCCAGACGUGGAGGCACAAAUGGUAAAGCUCGUGGGGCUAAGGGAGUUGUCCGAGGCUGAGCGGCAGCUUCGGAGCCUCGUGGUGUCCCUAAUGCAGGAGGUCUUCACAGAGUUCUUCCCAGGCUGUGUGGUCCAUCCUUUUGGCUCUUCCAUAAACAGUUUUGAUGUCCAUGGCUGUGAUCUUGACCUCUUCCUGGAUUUGGGUAACUUAGAAGAGCCUCAGCCAGCCCCAAAGGCUCCAGAGUCUCCAUCCUUGGACUCGGCCCUUGCUUCCCCAGUGGAUCCUCAAGCCCUGGCCUGCAUCCCAGCCUCCCCUCCAGGCUCCCAGCCUCCAGCUUCUCCCCAAGACUCUGAGGCCCUAGAGUUUGAAACCCCUUCCUCCUCCCUGGCGCCCCAGACUCCAGACUCGGCUUUGGCCUCCGAGACCCUGGCUUCUCCCCAGUCCCUGCCUCCAUCCUCUCCACUGCAGGAGGACAGGGGAGAGGGGGACCUGGGAAAAUCUCUGGAACUAGCAGAGGCCUUGAACGGGGAGAAGACAGAGAGGGGAGCAAUGCUAGAGCUGGUGGGAUCUAUUCUUCGGGGCUGUGUGCCUGGGGUGUACCGAGUCCAAACUGUACCUUCUGCCCGACGCCCUGUGGUCAAGUUCUGCCAUCGACCUUCAGGUCUCCAUGGUGACAUCUCCCUCAGUAACCGGCUGGCCCUGCAUAACUCCCGCUUCCUGAGUCUUUGCUCCGAGCUGGAUGGGCGAGUCCGGCCCCUCGUGUACACCCUCCGCUGCUGGGCUCAGGGUCGGGGGCUGUCAGGGAGCGGCCCCCUUCUCAAUAACUACGCCUUGACCUUGCUCGUGAUCUAUUUCCUUCAGACCAGAGACCCUCCUGUGUUGCCCACUGUGUCCCAGCUCACCCAGAAAGCAGGUGAGGGAGAGCAGGUGGAGGUUGAUGGCUGGGACUGUAGUUUCCCCCGAGAUGCCUCGAGACUGGAGCCCAGCACCAAUGUGGAGCCCCUCAGUUCUCUGCUAGCCCAGUUCUUCUCCUGUGUCUCUUGCUGGGAUCUUCGUGGCUCAUUGUUGUCUCUGCGGGAGGGCCAGGCCCUGCCUGUGGCAGGAGGCUUGCCCUCUAAUCUCUGGGGGGGCCUGCGCCUUGGUCCCCUGAAUCUCCAGGACCCCUUUGACCUGAGUCACAAUGUGGCAGCCAACGUGACCACCCGGGUAGCUGGGCGGCUACAGAACUGCUGCCGAGCAGCAGCCAAUUACUGCCGAAGUCUCCAGUACCAGCGCCGUUCCUCCCGAGGUCGGGACUGGGGGCUGCUCCCUCUUCUGCAGCCCAGCUCCCCUAGCUCCCUGCUGUCUGCUACGCCCAUCCCCUUACCCCCGGCUCCCUUCACCCAGCUCACUGCGGCCCUGGUCCAGUUGUUAAGGGAUGCAUUGGGGUGCCAUAUAGAGCAGGGAACCAAGAGAUCGCGGUCAGAGGGAGAUGGAGCUGGGGAGUCUCCCCAGGGAGGGACAAGCAAAAGAUUGAAACGAGAUGGACAGAAACAGAGCUGUGAGGAGGGGAGGGAAGAGCAGCAGGAAUGUGCAGGGGGCCACGGCGAAGACGGAGUGGAAGAAAUGGUCGUAGAGGUUGGUGAGACAAUGCAGGACUGGGCCAUGUGGAGCCCUGGGCAGCCAGGGGAGCUGUCCCUGACGACUGGAGAGCUUCUAGCCACUGGAGAAGGGGGCCAACCAGGCCAUACAGCCUUGGCAGAGCAGGGGCCCAAGGGACCUGACACAGCCCAAAAAAGGUUGCCGGGCGAGACAGGCAAGGGGGCAGCACUUUCCUCCUUGGUGAGCUGGCGCUGUGCCUUGUGGCACCGAGUGUGGCAGGGGCGGCGGCGUGCCCGGAGACGCUUACAGCAGCAAACCAAGGGAGGCGGUGCUGGCGUUGGAGCAGAGUGGCUGGCGACUGAGGCUCAGGUGAGCCAGGAGCUGAGAGGACUGAGCGGUGGUGAACAGAGGCCAGCGGCUGAGCCCCUCCUGACCUUUGUGGCCUCUGCCUCUCAAGCAGACCAGACCCUCACUGUGACCCCACUCCAGGAUUCCCAAGGCCUGUUCCCUGAUCUCCACCACUUCUUACAGGUUUUUCUCCCUCAAGCACUUAGACACCUCCUCAAGUGAAGACACACACGCUAAAGGGCAAUAAAGCUGCUAGUUUAAUA